AGACGCAAUAGACGUGAACGUAGCGCUGUUGAGCGCUAGGCAAAUACACACGCAGGUGGGAAGGGGAAGAGCAUUGUUGACAGGUGGACGGAAAUAUUUGCCCGAUAGCACAGAGGAGAUAUGGAUUUAAAUAAAACGGUGCUGUGCGAGAGCUUGAUUAUUUGGCUGCAAACCUUCAAAACCGCAGCCCCAUGUAAGACAGUGGAGGAUCUGACCUCAGGGGCAGCCAUGUCUCAGGCCCUGCAUCAGAUAGAUCCUUCAUGGUUCAAUGAGAGCUGGCUGGCUCGCAUUAAAGAGGAUGUUAAAGAUAAUGUGAGACUCAAGAUGAACAACCUCAAAAAGAUCUUGCAGAUGAUUGUUGAUUAUUAUAAUGAGGUUUUGGCUCAGCAGAUCACAGAUUUCCCUCUACCUGACCUGAUGCGUGUGGUAGAGCAGUCUGAUCAAGUAGAGCUGGGACGCCUCCUGCAGCUCAUCCUGGGGUGUGCAGUCAAAUGUGACAGGAAACAAGAGUAUAUCCAGAUAAUCAUGACCUUGGAGGAAUCUGUACAGCAUGUGGUGAUGACUGCCAUUCAGGAGCUUAUGAGCAAGGAGACUAUGUCUCAGUUAGGAACAGAACAUCCUGGAGAUGUUGACCAACAGUUAAAGAAAGCCUUGGAGGAUCUGACUGAAGUCAUGGCAGAGAAAGAAGAAUUGGCACAGCGCUGUCAGGAGCUCGACAUGCAGAAUCAUCCUACAUCACUGCAGAAGUACCGACCCAGUGUUUACAAACUGAACACGGAAAGAAGGUCAAACACCCUUUACAAAAAAAAGGUAACAAUGCUACAGGAGGAAAGAAACAGCCUCCUGGCAGAAAAUGACCUCCUGACUGAUCGAGCCAGUCAGCUUGAUACUUUCGAUGACCCCAGCACUCCAUCAGGGAGGAAGCACAGCCAGCUACAACUACAGCUAGAGCAGCUUCAGGAGGAAAACUUCAGACUCGAGGCAGCUAAAGAUGAUUACCGCAUCCACUGUGAAGAGCUGGAGAAACAACUAGUGGAGCUUCAACAUCGCAAUGACGAACUGACCAGCCUGGCUGAGGAGUCGCGAUCGCUUAAAGAUGAAUUAGACAUAUUAAGGAGCUGCUCUGACCGGGCAGUCAAGCUAGAGGCCUCUGUUGAGACGUACAGGAAGAAGUUAGAAGAUCUAAGUGACCUCAGACGGCAAGUGAAAGUUCUGGAGGAGAAGAAUAUGACCUACAUGCACAACACAGUCAGCCUUGAAGAGGAGCUACGCAAGGCUAAUGCUGCAAGAGCUCAGUUAGAGACAUAUAAGAGACAGGGUCAGGAGCUCCACAGGAAACUGUCUGAUGAGUCCCGCAGGGCUGAUAACCUGGCUUUCGAGAUGAAGAAAUUUCAGGAGAAAUAUGAUGCUCUACAAAAGGAGAAAGAGAGGAUCAGCAUUGAACGGGACACUCUCCGAGAGACUAAUGAAGAGCUACGCUGCACACAGGCCCAACAGGACCAAUUAUUACAAGCAGGAAAGUAUCAAACAGGAAGCCCAAGCCAUGAUAACCUUGCAGCUGAGAUGUUGCCCAUUGAGUACAGGGAGAAGUUCAUCCGUCUGCAGCAUGAGAACAAGAUGUUGCAGCUGCAGCAGGAGGAGUCAGAGAACGAGCGCAUAACUGAGCUGCAGGAGCAGCUGGAGGACGUCCGGCGUGGACGCAGCCAACUCGACACCGAGAACAGGUUAAACAGAGAAAGAAUCAGUGAGCUCCAGCAGCAGGUAGAGGAUUUGCAGAAGGCCUUGCAGACACAAGGAGCCAAACCUGAAGAUUCUCAUCUGAAGAGGAAGCUGGAUGCUCAUAUGGUGCAACUGAAUGAAGCACAAGAUGAAAUCAUGAAGAAGAAAGAGCUGUUGGAGGACCUUCAGCCAGAUGCUACUCAAACCAGUGUGAAGAUGGAUGAGCUGACAGCAGCGCUGAAGAAAAAAGAUGAGGACAUGAGGGCGAUGGAGGAUCGAUACAAGAUGUACCUGGAGAAAGCCCGUGAUGUGAUUCGAGCUCUGGAUCCCAAGCUAAACCCAGCCUCAGCAGAGAUUCAGUCACUGAAAGCGCAGCUUUCUGAGAAAGAUAAGAAGAUCAUUGCUCUGGAGCGGGAGUGUGAGCAGGCCAAACUGAGGGAGUAUGAGGAGAAGUUAAUUGUGACAGCUUGGUAUAAUAAGAGUUUGAACUUCCAGAAGAUGGCAAUUGAGUCACGGCUUAGCGGGCGAGCCAACUCUAUAUUGCCUCCCGGCCAGUCCUUCCUGGCACAGCAACGUCAGGUGACCAACGCCCGGCGCACCAUGUCCAUGAACGUGCCUGCCACUUCUUCCAAGUAACCUUGUCCUCAGUACCUCCCAGCUUCCUGCUCUUCUCCUCCUUUCCCUCACACGUACACUCAAGUGACCUUAAGUACACUUCUAAACCAGGGGACAAGCAUGCCAUGAUGAACAUUAGCAUGUCCCAAUGUGCUCACUCUCUACAGUUACACAUGUAUAAUUAUGUACAUAAGGGGCUGAACUCUGAUGAAACUUACUCAAUCAGCACACUAUGACGUACAGUAGCAGUCUUUUUCACUCUCAGUACUAAACAAUCACCAGUAACAGUCUGCAGCAGGGUCACUUCUGAACCAGCAUCCAUACUAAAGGUUACUAAAGGUCAGGCUCAGUCAGAUUGUGCGGGAAGAAAUGCAUGCUUUUGCUAGAAAUGACUUCCAAUGAUACACUAUGCAGCCGUAGAAUAUAUUUGUAAUCGCGCAGGUUAUGUCAUAUAAAACAUUAUAUGCAGAGUGUACAUUUUGCCCUAACCAAUCAAAAUCAGUGGAUCAGGAUGACGAUGUAUUUGGUGCUGGACACCAAAAUUCUUAGUUUGUUCCUAAUACAAUAACAACAGCAACAAGCAUUGAAAGUACAUUAAAAUAGACAUGCAUAUAAUCACUCAAAUUGAUUAAAACUGAAUCCAGGUGCUUCAUUCAGUCAGUUAUGGUAUUUUAUAUUCAUUUGACUGUGAUGGGACUCUUGCAUGCUCUUUUAACAAGCAGAAGGGCCUUUUUUUAAAUGUUUCCUGUCUGUGUAAAGACCUCAAGUAUCAGGAUUUGAACACCAGCACAAAUUAUAGCAGGCCAUAGCAAAUCGCUGUGACGGCUUUGAAUGUGUUGUACGCCGCUCUUUAAAAAUACAUGCGUGACUUGUGAAACAUAGCUGCAUUGUGAAAUGGCUUUGGCUGCUUUGUGAAAAUCUGCCCCUGCUUAGGUCGACUCGAUUGAGCUAUAUGCUAAUAGACUAGCUGUCGCGUUUCGAAUAAAACACACACUGUUUAUGUUUGGAGAUUCUUAUAAAUUCUCUAUUAAUUCUGUUUUAAAAGGUAAGGGUAAUCAUUGCAGUUCUGAUUUGAUUAGUCUUUUCUGGUGUUUUAUUCAGGUAGGCUUUUUGGCCUGUGAUGGGUAAAUGCUGAUGUUUUUUGACAUGCUAAUAUUUAUGUACGACGUGGUCCAAGGAAGAACUCUUAAAUUUGUGUACUCAAUUUUAUGAGCACUGUCAUUGUUUGUGAGAGAUGAUAAAUAAUAAGAUUGGAUUCAUAUGGUAUUAGAGUAACGUUAAUAUUUGGAGUUAAAGAGCACUUGCAGCCUUCAUUUACAUGUGAUGAAUAAAAACUCUAAAGUUUGUU